UCCGGUUUAGGGUGGAUUUCCUGUGAGGGGCGGAGCUUUGGUCACCUGACCAGGAGCGUCCAGUUGGGAAAACAUGGCGUCUGUCCCUAGAUGUGAGCAGCAAAUCAAGCGCCUCUCUCGUUAAACGGUGUUCGUGUUUUUACCGAGACCCCGUGCUUCAGUUCAGAGCUCCGUGACGUGAUGGACGCGACGUCUGGAGACAAGACGAGGAGGACAAACGCUCCCCGGUGUUGUGCAGCGUGAAAGAUCUGCUCGGACGCGGUGGUUCUCUCUUCAUCACUGUGUUUUCUCUCAUUUUCUGCUUGUAACUCGCUUCCGUAUUCCAUGGCGGACCAUCUCAGGAUCACAGCUGGACUCUGGGUCCACGCUUCUGCUCUGUAGAGCAGCUUGAUUGCUCCGUGGGCCACCAGAAUGCCCGGUGUGUCUGGACUUCACGGUGCCGCCCCUCGCUGCUGUAUCCUGACAGCAUUUCUAUGACUCAAAGUGCCAAUGCUGUUUCUCAUGCCUCUCUCACUAAUAACACUAUGAUAGGCUCCCCAGAUGUGGUGGCUUUCACUAAAGAGGAUGAGUAUGGGCAGACCAGUCCAGAACCUUGGGAUCUCCCAGAGGAGUUCUCUGUUCCCCUCCAUCCACUGGCUGACUCUAACCCUUGGGCCAAAACGUCCUACGCCAAGUUCACCAAAGACUUCAUCCUCAUCUCUGAGUUCUCGGAGCAGGUGGGCCCGCAGCCUCUCCUCACCAUCCCAGAUGAACCUAAAAUCUGUGGCACCUUUGACCUUAACUACUUCUCUCUGCGCAUCAUGUCGGUGGACUACCAGGCCUCCUUCGUGGGUCAUCCGCCAGGCAGUGGCUACCCACGGCUCAGUUUUGUGGAGGACUCGAGGGUUGUGUUGGGAGACUCAAAGGAAGGGGCGUUUGCUUAUGUCCAUCACUUCACUCUUUACGACCUGGAGGCGAGGGGCUUUGUACGACCGUUCUGCAUGGCGUACAUCGCUGCAGAUGAGAAGAAAAUCAUGCUUCAGUUCCAAGAGCUGUCCCUCCGCUUCUCCCAGGCCUCUGAGUGUCUGAAAGCCGGGAACAGAAGGGCCUUUGCCAAGGAACUCCAGAGGAAACUCCAGGACCUCGAGUACACCCACUCUGUGCUUCAACGGGAGGAAGGCCUGCAGAGGGAGGCGGGGCCUCAGUGCGUUUACUCCGCCCAUGCUGUAGAGAAGGCCAAUGAGCUCGCCAAUGUAGAGAAGAGUAUUUAUGAGCACAGAGACCUGCUGAAACAGAUCUGCUCCUACCAUCGCCGUCCACGCCGGGAUCCUCAGGCCGUGGCCUGCCGCAGGUGUAUGACCGAGUGUUUGAGCGAGUGUGAGGAGCUCUUAGACAAAUACGCCAAACUAACAGAACCUGUUAGCCACAGUGAAAAGGGGGGGAAAGGAGAGGGAGGGGAGGGAUGGUUAGAUGACAGCAGAGGUGAAGAAGAGGAGGAUGAAGAUGGCGUUAAACGCAGGCCAUCCUACACGCCGCAGCUGAUCAAAGCCAAGUCUGCUAAGUGUUUUGACAAGCGCUUGAAGAUCCUCCCAGAGCUGUGUGAGGGCACCUUUUACGAGGCCGCCGUGGAGCUCCUGAAGGAGACGGAGAGGAGCUUCCGGGGGGAUUUGUGUUACCUGCACACACGUCGUCUGGACAAGGCACUGCGCAAAAAUCUGCGAGUCGUCAACUUCCUGUUUGAGGAGGAACUCGAUGACAAUGCAGAGGAUGAAUCAGGAACUCUAAGACCAUUCUGUGCUGUGAAUCAUUCCGUGGACAACCAUGUGCACUUAAAUUCACCUCACAUUGUCCUUGGGCCUGACACUACUGAGUUAUAUCCUUCAAAACCUCAAGAUCCGCUCAACGUGGCGUCUGAAACCAGCACUACUCGGCAGAGUGAGCUUGGACUUGGAGAGAGCCAGCUGGAGUCCUCCCCCUCGGAUCAGACUCUGGAGACUCAGGAGAGCUCGGAGGAGACCAAAGGAAGCUUUAGCAGCGAUAAGAGUGGGCUGGAACUGGCAGAGAAACAGGAAAGUAUGGCCAGUAUGAUUUCUGAAGGGCCUGAUCCCGAUUCUGACCUGACCCCUGAACCUGACCAAAACACUGACGCGGGGAGGGAAAGUAGCAGCGAAGAUGUUGAGACCACUGCCGGGGAGGAGGAUGACGGUGACCAUGAACGAGAUCAGACCCCUGUGUCUUUGCUGGAGGUGGCGUCUGAGCUGGAUGACUGUGAUUCACUAAAUGAGUCAAAGUUGCUACCUCCAAUAGAUGCAGCAUGUUGUAUGCCCCAAGAGCAUUUUCUCCACGAGGCAUCCGCCCCCGACACCAUGUCUUCUGUGCAGCAAAACUCACAUCCCAAGCCCUCCCAAAUCCUGGUGGUAAAUCAGGAACCCCAAGCCCUCCUUCCAGUCCAAGGUGAUUAUACAGUGGGUUCCCCGUGCUCUGAAAGUCCUCCAACCAGCCUGGAGCUUCCUGUGGGUCUUCUUGGAGAUGUAGCUUCCCAAACCUCUGUGGAAGAGGGGUCAGACUGCACCUUGAGCGCCUCCACAGGGUCUGACAGGGCUGCCUCCCCCCUUGGCUACGGGGGGACGGUGACCCUUCGGGAGAGGAAAAAGGCUGGUCAGGGUGCUUUGAGAUUUGUGCGUCAGUACCCCUUCGCCAUGCAAGCGCUGUGGUGUCUGCUGAGAGGAAGAACCCUGGUGGUUAUCGGGUCAGAUGAGGGAAGAGUCCGCCGCCUGGUCCUGGCUCUGGCUCUCUUUGUGCCCAGCCCUGGAAAGUGUGGGGAGAGGGUUCAGGCCUGGCUGUCGUGUCCUCUCACUCUCACUGACUUACUGAGGUGGAAACUUAUUGGAUUGCAAAGAGUUGGAUCUCCCGUUGGCUCCAGCGUGCUCUACUCGCUGUCCCGCUACAGUCGCUACAUCUCCAUCCUGGACGUGGACAUGAAGACCCUGCGCUGCCCACCUUACAGCGGCCGGCUACUCGCCAACAUUGCCGACCAUCGCACCUACAUCCGCCGUGGCUCCACCUUCUUCCUUCACAUCCAGAGCACGCUCUGUCGCCUGGCGGCAAGGGCCUUCCUGUUCACCUUCACGCACCACCUCCACCUGCCGGUCAGCCCUGUGGAGGGGCAGGAGGUGGUGGAGUCCAGACGCCGCAGCUUCCUGCAGGAGCAGCUGGGGCUGGACAAGGGGGACAGCCAGGUUCUGCUUUACCUGAGUCAGCUCAUCACCCAGCAGUACCUGUGGCCUGCAAACAGGAGCAGUUUUAGUUUUGACUACACCACCAGCGUUUUAUACAAAAUCUAAUAAUGCACUACUCACGAUCACUCUUCUGGUUUUUAUUGGACCAAAAACUGAAAUCAGACUUGAUUGUUUUAUUCAUGUUUAUCUUUUCCUGCCUGGCUGGAGGUCUGAGAUAAUGGUCAACCUCUUGACACCCACAUAUCUGAGCAGAUGAAGACCGGCUGCGCUCCUUCGAUUCAGCUCUGUGGUGGAGAUUCAGCUCUGUGCUGGAGAUUCAGCUCUGUGGUGGAGAUUCAGCUCUGUGGUGGAGAUUCAGCUCUGUGGUGGAGAUUCAGCUCUGUGGUGGAGAUUCAGCUCUGUGGUGGAGAUUCAGCUCUGUGCUGGAGCUUCAGCUCUGUGGUGGAGAUUCAGCUCUGUGGUGGAGAUUCAGCUCUGUGGUGGAGAUUCAGCUCUGUGGUGGAGAUUCAGCUCUGUGCUGGAGCUUCAGCUCUGUGGUGGAGAUUCAGCUCUGUGGUGGAGAUUCAGCUCUGUGGUGGAGAUUCAGCUCAGUGGUGGAGAUUCAGGGGUGGAAGGAAACCAAAAACUUAGUCAGGUUCGAGUCCGGGCCCUUCUGCUCCUCAGCACACAUUCAGAGCGUCCAGCGUCACGGCCAUCUGCCUGUGCUGCUUUUCCCAACAGGUUCACCGCGCGGUUUGUCAUCGUUGACUUCAUCCAAGUCGUACGUGUUUGGCGACAUGACUGUGACACGCACACGUGUGCUGACAUCUUUUGUAGACAUCACACAGAUUUUCCUUUGCUGAAAAGUAACUUAGCCUUUUUUAACAUUGUUAUUUUAUUUUCUUAAAUUUGCAGUUUCACACAUUCCUGCAGAAAAACAAAUGUCAGUUUCCUCUAAGAGCCUUCUUAAGGAAGACGUGAUUUUCUGGUCCUGUUGACGUGCGGAGAGGUGAUCGGGUUCUGCUGAUGGACUCUAAAGCUAUUUAAUCUAAAUGUAUUGAAUCUCACUGUUGUCUUAAAGUCAUGUGAGAGUGUCGUGGCGUCAGCAUGAGACAGUCUUGUGCCAGAGUGAUCAAUGUGUUGGUAUAAUUUAAGUUUUAAUGUUAAAUGGAGAUCCAGUUUUUAUGAAUGAAAUAUUUAAAUUCUUGUGCAAUUAAGAGCCUAAAUACGACUUUAGGACUGAUGCCUAACUUUUAAUGAAUAAACCUUUGCUGGUUUUGUGUCUAAUUUAUUGAUUUAGAAGGAUAUUUGUUAGGCUUUCCUGAGUUUCUGAUUAGAUUACUAUAAGAUUGUAGUAUAAUAGAGCCACUAAGAAGCAAACAAUAACGGAGGAAGAGCCACCGUGGUACAAUCCUGUAGGCUGGAAACUGAAAAAGGUCAACGUGAGAUGACGGCUGCAGUCCUUCACACUAAAACGAGCCUUUUUGUGGUAAUUGUUGCAGCAUGUAAUGUUUAAGUAUUACAGGUUUUCUUUUUUUCAUUUGGUUUAUGACCCGUUGUCCUGCUAAUGCAGAAGCUGAAUGUAACCCGAAGCAUGCCGCUGUGUGCUGAACAUGCCGUCACCCAGUGUCCUUACAUCCAUUCUGUAUCUCAUCAUCACGUCAGCACUGCAGGAUGGCACCACCGCCAGUAAUUUUAAUAAAGCACGAUGUGAAUGUCC